ACGAAGGGAUCGCGGAGGCACAGUCUGUCAUAAAACAAAAAAGAAAAGAAAAAAAAGGAAGGUUACAGAGACGGCGAUGGAGAGCACGACGCCCAACUGGACUGAGAAGGUGGAAGACCUCGUUCACGCCGGAGAAGUCGACCAAGCUAUCGCUUUUCUUGAAUCCACAGUCUCCAAUCUUGAACACCAAUUCAAAACUCAUCAAUUUGGCCGAGUGCCGUCGCCCUCUUCCGUACCCCAUCAGUUGGCCACUGCUCUUCAAGACCUCUCCAAGCUUUAUUCCGCUCAAGGCUUCUCUCUCAGAGCUGAUCAAACACUCUCCCGCGCCCUCCAAAUCAAACACGCCAAAGGGGGUUCACGGGAUGAAGUUACUUCUGAUGAUAAUGCAGGACAUGGUUGUGGUGAGAGUUCUUCUUCACACUUGAAAAGUGGUGGCAUCCCACUGGAGGAUGAUGCUGAAGACGAUUGGGAAGCUAUAGCAGAUUGUUCCCCAGAGGAGUUACUUUCCCCACAAUCUUUACCAGGGAUAUCAAAACUUUCUCUGGAAGACUCAAAAGCUCAAUCCACCAAGAGGCGAGGAAGGGGAACAUUUUCGUACAAGAAGCAGGGCCUUUACAGUGAUAGCCAGUCUAAUGAACCUUGUAUUGAUGACUCCGAAGAUACGUCUUCAUGCCAAGAGGAAGACCUGGAAAAAAGAAGCGAAAUGUAUGGUACACGCCAUAUUCUUGUUCUAGCUAACUUGAAUCUAAGCACUAGGACGACUGACCUUGAGAGGUUACUGGGGAGCUUCAAAGAUCGUUUUGUAAUUCGCUGGGUGAAUGAUACAACUGCACUAGCUGUAUUUAGAACACCAUCUGAUGCUCUUGAGGCUCUCAACUCCACCAGAUGCCCCUUUACAGUCCGUCUACUUGACGAGGACGAAGAACUUUUCAGCAAAAUUCCACCAAAAGAUUUGGAACCACCCCGGCAGCGGCCUCAGACAUCAGCAAGAACUGCUCAAAGAUUGAUUGCACAGAGCAUGGGAAUAAAACUGCCCUCGUCGUUUGGAUCCAACGAGCUACGGAAGCAAGAACAAGCCAGGAAAAAUCGGAUAGUCUCGAGGCAAAAUAUGCGGGAUGAUGCUUGGGGUGAUGAAGAUCCAAAGUAACUUAGUGUCUCAGUUGUCUACUUUUUGAAUGGAUUGAAAUGGAUGAGUGCAGUAAAAGGGGUGUUUGAUUAAGAAUUUUGUGAAACAUUCACUCGGUUUUUCAUAUACAGUACAGUCAUUUUUACAGAGUUA